AUGCAGCCAGCCGACAUGUCCAUGGUCUUGGCGGCCUUUGCUCGCAUGCGCUACCGCGAUCGGGACAUGAUGCUUCGCAUCGCCGAGUGCACUCCGGCGAUCUUGGGGCAGUUCGGUGCCAACGAAAUCACGCACUACUUGGCAGCCUUUGCCAGAUUGGAUGUGGAACAUCGGUUGGUCUUCAAUUUGAUGGCACGAGAGAUUGCCAGGAAACUCCAUGAUUUCAACGCGGCUCAGUUGGGAGAACUGGUCUACGCCUAUGCUCGGCUCAAGCUGCGUCACCAGCUGCUUCUGGAUGUGCUGAAGAAGAGGAUGAUCGAGGUCAUCCGUGCAAUGCGGCCUUGGCAUUUGGCACUCAUCGCCAAUGGCUUUGCUCGCCUCAACACGAGCGACGAGCGUUUUUUUGCCAUCUUGGCCUCGGAGAUCUGUCGAAAGAUUGGAGAAUUCGAGGGAAAGUCGUUGGCAUUAGUGGCCAAUGCCUAUGCCAGACUUGGUGUCCGCAAUCGCUUCUUGCUGGAACUCUUGGGAGAUGAGGCCUUCCGCCGACGUGGUGAGUUGGAGCCGCAGGCGAUCGCGCUGCUGCUGAAUGCACAUGCGAGGCUGCAGAUGUCCAAUCCCCUGCUCUUUGACUAUUUUGCACAAGACAUCCCGCGACGCAUCCGUGGGCAUAAUCUUCAUUCCUUGUGCUUGAUUUCCAGCGCGUUUGCCAAAGCACGGAAGAGCGAUGAGGCGCUUUUUGCCAAGAUUGGGGACUACGUUUGUAGCCACGCCUCGGAGUUGUAUCCACGGGCUUUGGCCUCGUUCCUUUUCUCCUUCUCGGAGGUGGACAUUCGGCAUGGCGUGCUUUUCUACAACGCCCCGGACCACGUGACAGAGAACAUCAAGGCCUACACCACAGAUGAGCUUUGCAUGGUCGGACGGGCCUAUGGGCAUUUCCAAAUGGUUCACACGCUGCUCUUCGACUCCAUCAGCACCGCUUUGCCAAGCCAUGUGCUGGCGGAGGUCGAAGAACGACAAGCGUUGCUGGCAGAUGCAGAGGAGGAGCUCGACGAUGAGGACACCACGCCAAGCUCGCCCCUCCCCAAGAUCUCCUCAUUGAUUGGACUCUUGGAGGCCUACGCACGGCUGUUGAUUUAUCACCCUGGCACACUGGAACUGCUUUGCGAUGCCAUCGCUGCCAGGGAACCAGAGCUGGUCCCUGCUUUGGUGGUGAAGGUUGCACGAGCUUGCGCGGCACUGUCCUUCGCACAUUCCGGAGUGCUCAGGCUGGCCACUCAGUGCAUGGCGGACCAAGGCCAACACUUGCUAGAAGAGGACUUUGACUUGUUGAGCGCCGCGCUGGAGGAUUUGGGCGUCCUCAGCCAGGACAGCCGCCUCAUGCUGGCAACCUGGCAAACGUGGGGAAAGCAAGACAAGGUGGAGUUGCGGGUCUUCGCGGGGACUUGGAACCUUGGGAAUGCUGCACCUCCCAAUGAUCUGCGAGACUGGCUGCCUGCUGGGUGUGACCUCUACUUGGUGGGCGUUGAGGAGUGUCACUACACCCCUCGACCCAGUCACAGCACAUGCCUGGAGGACUGGUGUGACUUGGUGCAGGCCUCAUUGCCAUCGCUGCUGACCAUUUGCCGCCAUGACAUGGGCCAUUGUCAGAUUCUGUUCUUAGCCACUGAGCUGGUGAGCAAAUCCAUUCACUCCGUGGUGGCCAGUCACGAAGAGACCGGCCUCGGAGGUUUAGCGCUCUCCUUUUGGAUCGGGGACCAGGCCUUGUGCUUCGUCUCCUCACACUUGGCCGCCCAUCAAGCCAACGUCGUUCAACGGAACUUGGACUCGGCGCACAUUAUCGAAGGGAUUUGUUUGACCACUGACUCGCAGAUGCCACUCACCAACCAGUUUCACCAUGUGAUCUGGGUGGGUGACCUGAACUAUCGCCUUGACUUGGGCCGAGAGGAAUGCCUGGAGAUGAUUUAUGACCAUUCCUGGGGGAAACUGCAGCAGCAUGAUCAGUUGCUAAAGGUGCAAGCGGAAGGGAAGGCCUUCUGCAACUUCCGCGAAGGCCCAUUGGACUUUGCACCCACCUAUCAGCACGUUCCAGGUGCGCCGCCGGAUCCCGCGACGCGCCUGCGGCCGUACGAUCCGCGGAAGGGCCGCGUGCCCAGUUGGACGGACCGAGUCCUGUGGCGCUCCUUCCCAGACGCCGAAUUGAUGUUGGAGGCGGGAAGCUAUCGCAGCUCCCCAACCCUUUGCACCUCCGACCACUCGCCGGUGGGCGCCAUUUUUCGGAUGCCCGUGAUGAGGCCCUACCACUUGGAUGACUCGGAGAGUCGGAUCUUAAUCCGUUUGAGCAAGUUGACGGCGACGGGGUUGGACGCCUGGCCGCAGUUGGAAGGCAGGGCCAACUUUCGGUCUGUGGUCAUGGCCACCAAGAAAGGCGUCUCGAAAGUCAAAUGGGUACAAUCACGGCACAUCCUCAUCGCCAUCUACAAAGUAGAUGAUGCACUGGAAAGUGCCCAUAUGAAAUCUCAUCCCAUCUCGACCGUCAUGGCUUUGGCGGGCUUGGCUGAUGAUUUUGAGGACGCGAGGGUGUCCAAAAACUGA